AUGUGUGUACAGGAGACAAAGUGGGUAGGGUCUAAGGCUAGGGAUGUAGAUGGUUACAACCUUUGCUACUCUAGUAGCGAGAGGCAUAGGAAUGGAGUUGGCAUCCUAGUGGAUGAAAAUCUUAGAGGGCAGGUAGUGGAGGUUAAGAGGAUCAAUGAUAGGUUGAUAUCUGCUGAGUUGGCAUUUGAGGGGUUUACCCUAAACGUGUGUAGUGUUUAUGUGCCGCAGGUAGGCUUGUAUGGGGAGGAGAAGAGGCGAUUUAGGGAGGCUUUGGAUAAGGUGGUGAGAGGAGUGCCUAGUUCUGAGAAGAUUGUAAUAGCAAGAGACUUCAAUGGGCACAUUGGGGCGUUACCGGUUGGCUUUGACGAUGUGCAUGGUGGUUUUGGUUUUGGGGAGAAAAAUGAAGAGGGAGGAGCGGCUCUGUUGGAUUUUGCGAGGUCCUUUGGAUUGGUAGUGGUGAAUUCGAGCUUCCCAAAGAAGGAGGAUCACCUGAUCACCUUUUGA